UGAAUUAUACAAACCACAAUUAUUCUUUCAUCAUAUUUUUUUCUCCACUUUACAUUGCACACAACACCACCUUCAUAUCUAAUGUUUUCCUGUUCCUCCUUUUAAUGGUGAAAUACAUUUUUUUCUCUUUAUAAAAUUCCUUGACUUCGAAGACAAAUCAAACCACACUUCUCAAAAAUGCAGAACCAGAGAUGGGUUUUCAUUGUUUUAUUGAUUUUCACAUUCUACAGUAGUACUCUUCCCUUCUUCUUCUUCUUCACUUUAGCUUCUUCAAGCACUCUGGUUUGUUCAGAUAUAGACAGAGCAGCAUUACUUGGUUUCAAAUCAAAAAUCACAGUAGAUACAACAGGUAGUCUCUCAACAUGGGUUGGUAAAGAUUGUUGUAAUGGAGAAUGGGACGGAAUUCAGUGUAAUCCAACAACAGGGAGAGUUAUGGGAUUAGUAUUACAAGGUACAAGAAAUGAAGACAUUGCAAUGUAUAUGAAAGGAACUUUAUCUUCUUCAUUGAGUAAUCUUCAGUUCUUGGAAAUCAUGGUUAUUACUGGAAUGAAAGAGAUAAGUGGAAAUAUUCCUGAAAGUUUUUCAAAGUUGAAACAUCUUAAUCAGCUUGUUCUUGAUGAUAAUAUACUUGGAGGUGCAAUUCCAUCAAGUCUUGGUCAGUUAUCUUUGCUUAAUACACUCUCAUUAAGUGGUAAUCAUCUUAAAGGUAAUAUCCCUCCAAGUAUAGGAACUCUUCAGAAUUUAAUUCAAUUGAAUUUAGCUAAGAAUUCUCUAACUGGUUCAAUUCCACCUACUUUCAAAACACUGAAAAAUCUCCAGUCUGUUGAUGUCAGUCACAAUCUUUUGUCUGGGUUAGUUCCAGGAUUUAUAGGAGGAUUCAAAAAUCUAACUUUUCUUGAUUUUUCAAAUAAUCAGUUUUCAGGAGAAUUUCCAAGUUCACUGUGUUCUCUACCUAAUCUUUUGGAUAUGUCUCUGAGUCAUAAUAAACUGACAGGAAAUCUACCAAUUCAGAUUUGUAAUUUGAAAUCACUGAGCAGUCUUUCAUUGAGUUUUAAUCAUUUCCAUGGUGAAAUUCCUGAAGCAAUAUCAAAACUACAAAAUCUUUGGUAUUUCAAUGUUUCUAGCAAUAACUUCUCUGAUCCUUUACCAGUUAGUCUUAAAACAAAAGGAAUUCCUUCUUUGUUAUCUUUAGACCUUUCUUAUAAUAAUCUUCAUUUAGGAAAAAUUCCUGACUGGAUUCUGAAAAGAAAAUUUACUGACAUUCAUCUGGCUGGUUGUAAUCUUAAAGGAGCUCUUCCAAAGUUUUUAACUCCAAGUUCCUUAAAUUCUAUAGAUUUCUCACAUAAUCAGUUCAGUGGUGGAGUGUCAAGUUUCUUGAUAAAAAUGUCUGGUUUGCAGAAGCUAAACCUCUCAAACAACUUGUUGAAAUUCAAUGUCUCAGAGAUUUUAAAGAAUACAAACAGAUAUCUUGAAGUGUUGGAUGUUUCUGGUAAUCAGAUAACAGGGCAGUUACUUGAAUUCAGGUCAGGUUUGAGACUGAAAUCAUUGAGUGUGUCAAGAAAUAAAAUUUCAGGUAGAAUACCAAGUUCAAUUUCAGCUCUUAUUGAACUUGAGAAGUUGGAUAUUUCAAGGAAUCAGAUUAUGGGAAUUAUUCCUCCAAGUUUAAGGGAAUUAGUGAGUUUGAAAUGGCUGGAUUUAUCUAUUAAUAGACUGACUGGGAAAAUUCCAGAUAGUCUGUUAAGGAUAGAGAACCUGAAACAUGCAAAUUUUAGAGCUAACAGAUUGUGUGGUCAGAUCCCACAAGGCAGACCAUUUAACAUUUUCCCAGCAGUUGCUUAUGCUCAUAACCAGUGCUUAUGUGGUAAACCAUUGCCACCUUGUAAGGUCAAAUAAAGAAGAUGAUGAAGAGAGUAGUAGUAGUAGGUCAGUAAGAUGCUGACUCAGUUGACAUGUUUGCCAUAUCAGAAAUUGUCAGCUAUAUGUAAUGUUGGGGGUUUGUACUUGACUAGGUGUAACAAUUUCAUACCAAUUCUUUUCAUCAAAUUCUCUCUUUUUUCUUCAUUGUUGUCUGUUGAUGAUGUUGGCUUGCUUUGCUAUGACUGAAUAGACAUUUAAAGUUUUCUUUUA